UAAAAAAUCUCAUUUCCGAAAAUCAUGCUUGAUCUACUGAUGGUACUUUAAUUUCUUCCUGCUUCCUUACUAUACACCAAGAUUAUAUAUCCUUUACUCCAUUUUCUUCUUCUUGAUAUUAGACUGUCAAUGGCAAAACAUCAAACCACUUUUUCAAGUAGUUUCCGAUCUUCUAGCUGCAUUCUUGUUUUUCUCUCUGCCUUAUCAUCCAUUCCUCUCCUCUACUGGUCUUAUUUCAUUGGCUAUGGCUAUUGUCAUCAUGUCCAGAUGACAGAACUAAACCAUGUCCAAAUGAACAAAGAAAAUGGACCAAUUAAUCUCCUUAAAUACCCAAAAGCUUGGAACAAUCUUGUCUACCCAUCAAAACCACCUAAAAGACUCCUUAAAGUUGCUCUCUUUGUCAAGAAAUGGCCAGAAAAAAAUCAGGCAGGAGGAAUGGAGCGACACGCGCUGACACUCUAUCUCGCGUUAGCCAAACGUGGGCACGAGAUACAUAUCUUCACAAUAUCGUCUUCAUCCUCCACCAGCUUAUCGUCAUACUUUAAUAUGAGCAAUCUCCAUUUUCACUUCUCGAGACCUAUGGGUUCUGGAUCUAUGGACCAAAUUGUUGCUUGGAAGCAAUUUCUAACAGAAAGCGCAACUGCAUCAAGGCCGUUUGAUGUGAUUCAUACGGAGAGUGUAGGGCUCAGGCUUACUAGACCUAAUAACUUGAAUAAUCUUGCGGUUAGCUGGCAUGGAAUUGCUUACGAGACCAUACAUUCUGAUAUUAUACAGGAACUCGUACGAAAUCCUGAAGAUUCACAAUCAUCUGCAUUUGCUGGUAAAAUGAUGAAGGUUGUUGAAGAGGUAAAGUUUUUUCAAUAUUAUGCUCACCAUGUUGCCACAAGUGAUCAUGUAGGAGAUGUACUUAAAAGGAUCUAUAUGAUCCCAGAAGAACGUGUGCAUAUCAUUCUAAAUGGUGUCAAUGAGGAGAUAUUCAAGCCUGACGUUUCAAUGGGCAAUGAUUUUAGGUUAAAACUUGGUAUCAGAGCAGAUAAAUCGAGGUCGUCCAUAAUCCUAGGGUUAGCUGGGAGGUUGGUUAAAGAUAAAGGACACCCUUUAAUGUUUGAAGCCUUAAAACAAAUUUUCAAGGAGAACUCAACAUUCAGGGACAGUGUCAUUGUUCUAAUUGCUGGAAAUGGUCCGUGGGGUGAUCGAUACAAAGAGCUCGGAUCAAAUGUGAUGGUUUUGGGACCAUUAGAAAGAGAACGACUGGCAGGCUUCUAUAAUGCCAUAGAUGUAUUUGUACACCCGACUUUAAGAGCUCAAGGUUUGGAUCAGGUCCCGUUGGAAGCAAACCUAGUUGGUAAGCCAGUAAUGGCGACAAAACUUGCUAGUUUUACGGGUUCUAUCAUUGUUAGCAAAGAGAUGGGGUAUACAUUUGCACCUACAGUUGGGGAAUUGAAGAAAGCUUUAUAUGAGGUUUGGGAGGACGGAAAGGAAAUUCUGCAGCAGAAAGGGAGAGUUGCUAGGGAGAGAGGUUUGAACUUGUUUACUGCUACAAAAAUGGCUGCCGCUUAUGAAAGGUUAUUUCUUUGUAUCGCAAGUAGUGAUGAUGGAAGACAAGCAGAGAACCAGGACGAAGACUAUUGUAUCUACCAACCAACCUCGUGAUCGGAUACAUCAAACCAUAUUAAUUUACUAUAGUUAGGUCAUAAAUUAAGGUGAAAAUGAGUAAGAAAUACGAUUUAGUGCUAGGAGUGAUAAUUAAAGACACGUGUCAGGUAUUCAUUAAGUUGAUGUUAACAUCGAGUGUGGGUAACUUUUUAGCCCCUGAGUUCUUUUGACAUAUGAUGUGGUCUCAAAACCUUA